AUGAAAGAUGGCAUUUAUCUGACAACCACAAUAGAUGCCAACACCGGAAUUCACCAAGUUGAAUGCAUAAUUCUAAGUGCAAUAGCGCUGCACUCAAGAAGAACUGAGAAGUCGUCCCAUACAGUCCUCAGGUUGAGAAUGAAACUACCCUUUGUCCCUGCUAACCUCAUGCUGGCGAUGUUUAUAAUGAAGGCAGAGGAGGCUCUCAUGGGUAUUGAGACCGCAGUUACAGCGUCGAGUCCGGAUGAGUUGGGUUUUCUGGGCAGUAGCGACAUCGGAGGAUCAGAGUACGAAGGGACCCAGCUUUUCGUCAGGCCCACCGAAAAGCGAGGGCGGUCAGAGACGAUGAGCUCUGCAGGAUGGGAACCUCAAAUUUUUCAACGACUGCUUGCUGCUUGGCCCAUCCUGAUGGCUGAGAACUUGCCACGGCCGAAUAUCAACCUCCGACCAACACCACGGGCUCAGUGCCCUGAAAAAGAUUGUGGGCGACCAACUCUGGGGAAACUCACACUUUGUGAACACCCAACGGUCAUAACGAACUGGGGCCGCUAUUUUCAAAAGUGCACCGCUCCUGGCUGCCCGGGUUUCUUUUGGCAUGACGAGCGGACACCUGAGGACAAGAUCCCCGAAGCCGUUCGACUACAUUUCGUCUAUCGAGAGUCUGUCUCGGCAAUGAGAGAAGGACUUACGUGCGGCAGGGACAAGUGCACGCGGCAGGCAAAUCCCCCCUCCUCGCAGUCCCCCUCUUCGCAACUCUCCUCUUCACAGCCCAUUUCUGUUGUUCCCGCCACCGUUGCUAAUGUGACUACUCGCACUUAUGCUCGCCCAUUGCGCGACGACUAUGUGAGGCCACUUCUUGACGACCACAUCCGGCGAAAUGAGUCAAACAAAAAGAUCGCGGAUGACCGACAGGCAGCUGACGAUUUGAAGAACAGGAUGCAAGUAAUACUGUGGAAUCGGUGCGGCGAGAGUCCCGUUCGCUUCAAUCUCGUCAACUCUCGCCCAGGGACCCUAGUGCCUAGUGCACACACCAUCUUCAUGGAGUGUAUCAGCCACUCUACAUCGAUUGAAGUGCUCACCCGACUCCCUUCCUCUUCCCGGCCUGUGGAAUGGUUGAUGCAAGAUGUCACCUGCCCUAUCUUAGCUCCCUCAAGCUCUCGCAUUCUCAUGCGAAGGCCUUUUUUCAAAGACGAGGAUUGCUCUGGCAUUGAUGAAGAGUUGUCCUAUUUUAUAGUCACCAUCCCCAGCAAAACUGUCCCUCACGAGACGUUCCCCCUUGCAUACAUGGUCGAUAUGGCAAAGGGUUUGGAUCUCAUGGGAAACUUUCACAAUGACGACGACAUCCGCAAUGCCUUCGCGAUCCACUUUCCGACCUGCAAGUAUGUGCAAUCGACAUAUUACCGGCACAGAAGGCACUUCAAGCAGGCAAAGAAGCUCGACAUCCUUCAGACAUAUAUCAAUUAUGGUCACACGGAUGAAGGCUUGUGGGUAAAUCUAGUGGUGGAGCUUUCAAAGUUACCUGCCACAAUCUCUGCACCUGCAUUGUCCCUCCCCCUUGUGGAGCCAACUUCUCCACUCCACACCCCACUCGUCACGCUGCCUGCAGCUGAUUCAACCCCUGACCCACCUGUGUCCUCUGCUGCUUCGGUGGCGGGUGACGAUGAUGACUGGACAAUCAGAUCUGUACAAAUGGAGUGGUACGAGGAAGGACCUGAUGGUUUGGAGACGAGGUCUACUGGCAAAGAAGUAUCCAUGAUAUACUUGUACAGGGACUGUAUGAGUGGUUCUCGCAAGACGAUACGACAGAUGGUUGGCGAUCAUCCCACCCUUGGAACGGAGAUGACAACCUUCGCCAUCAAGAGCAUCCACUUACCUGGCCAAUGGUGGAGCCAGUCUGGGAGUGCGAGGAUGGAGCGGUGCAGACUCCUUGCGAAGAAAUUCCAUUUAAGUCUAGCAACUAGAGUCGGAUUGACGAAGAAGGACUUUGAUGUCUUACCCACCUAUCUCUUCACUUCGGGGGAUGUGUGGUGUGUGGUAGCCCAACUAUGGAAGACAGGUGUUCGGUACAGCAGUGGUGGGGAGGCUGCGUUCAAUCAUCCCCAAGCCUAUGACGCGCUCAUUGCAUUUAGUCAUUUCGUGUUUCACUCCACCGACGGUGUUCUGUUACAUGUUGAUUUCAACUGUAUAUGGACCCUCCCUAGCCAGGUGUACGUUGUUGACUGCCAGACCCAUGCCAGUGAACAUGAUCGCGACGGACAUAAUUACCUUGGCAAUGGUGGCCAGGUAGCACUAGACAACUUCACGAAAAGCCAUGUUUGCAAUUACCUCUGUACUAGCCUGGGCCUCGUACCAUUUUAG